GGGCAUAUGGGAAGGAUUCCAUAAUGCAUAGCCUUUCAAGUUUCGCCUCGGCAGCGCUGCAUUCUCAAAUUACACAAUAGUGCAGUUGUGGAGUAGCAACACACGCUAGACUCGACGGCUGCCAGAAAUUGACGGGGAAUGCGAUCCUGAUGGCUGUAGUUCGUCGCGCCGGCUCGCAUAGCGCCCUGUUCGCCUGGGGGCCGAGAUUCACUUGGCCCGUGUCAUGAUCCUGUACGGUCUCUACAGGCUUAUCCUUGCUCCUUUCUUUUUUUUUCUCGUUUCAAUUUUGAUUUGUCUUCCCAAUGCUAUUGAGUCUUGUCGAUACGAUAGAUGCAAUGAUCGCUGAAUUUCUAAAAAAUUCGCCCAACCUGGAACGGGAGAUGAUCUCGGAAACCGAGGCCAUCAUAUCGAGAUUCUCCAGCCUUUCUGAAAUCGAACAAGAUAGAGAACGGGCCACCUAUGUGUCCACAGUCUUCCCCCUGCUAUUUGGCAAGGAUUCCGUAGUCCAAGGCUCAAAUGGCUACGAAUCACAGCGCCAAGCCCCAUGGUCGAUUAAUUGCUGGCUCCAACCUUGUGUCAUUGUCAGUCCUGGGUCAGCACAACAAGUUGCUACGGCUCUGGCAUUGUGUCGCUUCUUCAACGUGAAGUUCUCCAUCAGGAGCGGAGGUCAUUUGCAAAACCCAGGAUUUACUAGCAACCAUGGGGGCGUGGUUAUAUCGCUAAGCUCUCUUAAGCAAUUAGAGCUGUCUGAGGAUAAAUCUACGGUAGGUCUCGGGCCAGGCCUAAAGUGGUUGGAUGUAUACGGUGGUCUUGAUGCGCACGAGGUGACUGUGACCGGUGGUCGGGUCACUACGGUAGGCGUAUCUGGUCUGUUACUCGGAGGGGGAAUCUCCUUCCACAGCCAUCAGUAUGGAGUUAGUGCAAUGGGUAUCAGUAACUAUGAGGUCGUUCUGGCCAACUCGCAGAUCGUCAAUGCCAACGCGCAUGAGAAUGCGGACUUGUUCUGGGCUCUGAAGGGUGGUGGGCCUAACUUCGGGGUCGUAACCAAGCUAGAUAUGAUGACCAUCCCAAGUAAGCACUGGUCUGAGGUCCGAGUCUACCCAAUCACAGCAGUCGAUCAGGUCCUCGAAGCCAUGAUGCAGUAUCACGCCGCAAUCGAAGCUGACGAUAAGUCUUCCCUAAUCUAUAAUGCUACUCACGACAUUAUCCUCGUCAUCUUUUUCUACGGCGAACCUGUCGAGCAUCCCCCUAUUUUUAAGUCCUUCUACGAUAUACCCCACGUCGCCAACUUCGUGGCCCCAGGUAUCCGGACCGUCUAUGAUCUCAUGAAUGCAGUAGAUUCUGUGCAAGAUUCAGAACCUGCACUUCACGAUUUUCGGACUAUGACCAGCCUUCCUAGUCUAGACGUAUACAGGGCUAUUGAAAAAACACACGCUGAGCAGGUUGAUAUCCUUAAGGACGUCGAGGGCCUUACAUUGACAACCGUUAUCCAACCAAUGUCCUCCUCGGCCAUGAAAGCGACCCUCCAAAGUCCCCUAGGCCUGACACCUGUUGGACAACAGUGGUUCCUUGUGAGAGCCGACUGGAAGCAUGCGAAAGACGAGGAGCGUGUCCGAGAGGCAGUGCGCAAGAUCGUCGAUGUGGCGGAAUCAGAGGCGAAGCAGGCCGGAGUGCAUCUUCCUUACCUUUAUUCGAACUAUGCUUCGCGCGACCAGGAUCCCCUGGCAAGCUAUGGGGUGGAGAAUGCUAAGCGAUUAAAGGAGAUUGCGCUGAAGUAUGACCCAGACGGCAUAUUUCAGAAGUUGCAAAAUGGGGGGUGGUUGCUUUCCAACAUGGGGUUAGAGGCGUGAGAGUCUACGAGUAUCUGACGCAGUGCGUCCUACUAGUAAUACCUUAAUAG